UCGAAAUUCUUCACCUUGACUUUGUGAAAAAUUCUGUGAGUAGAUCUCGCAAUAUCCAUACUCGUGGCAAGAUCUCGCAAGUCGCUCCACACCUGUGACACUUACUGUCUCCAAAGCGCUUCAACCACCAUUCUGCAACAAGACCACAUUCGCGACCAACCUGCUACGCGCCAACACACUGUCAUCCGAAUUUGAGAAUAGAGACAGUCUCAGAUCACCACUCUAGCCUGCAUUCUCUGACUGUUGCUCCCUCGACUUACACCUGGGACCCCAGUCUGUGCUGUGACCGGUUCGGCCUUGGACCGAGAUCAGCAGAGCCUCCUUGACAAAGGGGUGGGCUCUUGGGCUUCCUCAAAUACCCUCACAGCCUCGAUGUCCUGUUCGUGACCUUCAGACGCAGGCCGUCAAUUUCUGCGUGCUCCUGAACCCAGUCAUUACAUUCACACCGACCUUCGUUUCUUGGAUUGCCAAUUUUUUGCUUUGCUUCAAGCAUUCACAGACUUCAAUUCACUUCGACCUUCUCGACCUUACCUUAUUCUUAUAAAUCAUAUCUUCGCCAUCAUCUUUACCAUGGGUAAACUCAUCAAGAACCACUGGGCGCGCCUCAUCGUCCUCACGGCUUCCGCCUAUCAGAUUGCCGCCGCCCUCGAAGGGUUCUUCUGGCCCAAGAUCUUCUUCGACUUCCUUACCAAGGACCUCGAUGGCGGUGUCAAGCCAUUCCCCGUCUUGCCAAUUAUAAACUUGGUGCUGGGCAUCUUGACAUUGGCGUGGGAAUGGCCACUUAAAUUCAUUGUCAGGACGGCUCCAGGCUUGCACAGAAGCAUGGAAGCAAGGCUGGUGUUGUACCCUCUCUGUGCUUUGAGUGGAGUUUUGCAAUACCAAGCCACCAAUGCCGCCCUUUACUAUCUUAUCGGUGUGAUUGUAUAUUUCUGGGCCUUUUCAGAAGGAGAGAUGAUAUGUGCGGAACCCUGGACGGUACCUAAGCGAGGCGGUCGACAACCCGGCAAAGUAUGA